CUUGGCUGGCCUCCCCUUUUUAAUCCGACUAAACACGGACUGAUUGAAAACAAGCCAAGAUGCUCCGAGAGGAAGAACAACAACAACAACCCACCCUCUCAUCAUCAACAGCCUCAUCAACAACCUCAUCAAACAUCAUCAACCUCAACUCAACAACAACAACAACCAUCAAACUCAACCAAACCAACAACAACUCAAACAACAACCAUCAUCACCAUCACCAUCAUCUUAUCAACCUCACCGCUUCAUCCAUCAAACCUCACAAGUCCCGCCACAACAGACAACCAUCCAAACGACAGGUCGAACUAGAGGAUGAACUACUCUACGGACCACCCUCUCCAAGACCAUCCAGACCACCAUCUCGACAGAGCCAUCUAGACAAAUCAACCCACUCAUUCUCACCCACCACUCCAGCCGAACAGAUCAUCAAUCACGAGCACCAUCAUUGGACCAACUCAGACCCAGUGAUCGCCCACCCUUCGACUGAUGAACUCUUCCUCUCAGAGUCCUACCCUCCCAUUCACUCUCGACUCACCCUACCCUUCUUCAAAGAGAAACUUCCCGCGCCAUCGGAUGGCUGAGGCAGCCGAUCGCCUCCCCAUCCUACCCAUCACCUGCCUAUGGCUCACUAGAUCGUCUCUGGAACGUAUCUCUCGAACCCUGGUCGAGAACCCUACCAACUACCCGAACUAGCCGACACGCUCUCCUAUCCUGCCAACGAACUCUCGAUCGACUCGAUCAACCGUUUACUAGAACCCUACCAUCUAGCACUACCACAAGUCAUCCGCGACCAUUUCCUCACCCACGACGGCCAGGACGUCUUCACGCUCAACUCUGCACGCUGUUCAGGAUCCGCCCCCCUCGGAAUCGUCUGGGGUCUCUGGCUCAUGAGCUGUGAGGAGGUUGAGGCAGAGUGGGGCUUUUGGCGUCGAUUCGAUGGCGGUUUGAUGCCCGGGGACGCCUUUGCGGCUACCGACUUCUCAUCAUCAUCAUCAUCAUCAUCACAAGAUCCUCACCAUUCCAGUCCGCCGGCCACCAACAAUAAUCCACCUCGGGUCGACCAGGGUAUGAGCAGUUGUCCGGCCGGAUGGGUUCGCGAAGUCUAUUCACAUCCCGCCUGGAUACCCCUGUUGAGCGACCGAGUCGGGAACUACAUCGGCAUCGAUCUCAGCCCUCCACCAAACUCCUCCUACCCCACCCCACGUAUCCCAACUACAACAAAAUCAUCAUCUUCAUCAUCCUCAUCCUCAUCAGUCGAUGGACGUCGAUUAGGAGGAGGACAGGGUAACGCCCGUCCGGAGGCGGGUCAAGUGAUUGCAUUCGGACGGGAGAUUGAUGAAAAGGUGGUACUCUGGCGAGGGGAAGGACGGGAUGGAUGGGCGAACUGGCUGGCCUCAUUUGCCGAUGACCUCGAGGACGGGAACUUUGCACGCCUGAUAGGAAAGAAACGGGCACUCAAGAGUCACCACCGGUCGACGAGCAGAAGAGAUUCCGAUGGUGGCGAACGGGGCUGGACUCAUUCGGACGAGGAUAGCGAGGAUACCGAGGAUGGCUUGGGCGAGCUCGGCUACUUCAACGAUGGCGCUGGCUUCGGCGGCGCGGCUAGCGAUGAUGGCGACUUUUAUGGUUGGCGCUUGGCUCCCGAAUAUCGUGGGAUGAGCGUCAUUGAAGCCUUGUGUGCUCGUAGUAAACAACGCUGGGCCGAAGUUGGUUCAUACUCAAGUCGUUAUGAAUCUUUUGAUAGUCGUUCUCAAUCUCGAUCUAGUAGUUCGAGACGUUCCACCCAACUCGCGAACAUCCAAGCGGGCCCAUCUCGUGUCAGUGAUCCGGAUCGACGGGAUGACUCGACGCCGCCGACACCGAUUGCCUAUGUGACCCCGCCGUCGCCACGGCCACCAGAAGCAGAGCUGGCCCCGGAACCUUCGAGCUCCUCAUCCAGCGUCACGCCGGUGUCUUCGGGCAAGAAGCCGGAGCCCGGCUUACAGCCCGUACUCGUGAAACCGACGCCAUCACAGCCUCGUAGACGGACCCGUCCACCCCCACCGGCCCCAGUCUCACUGGACCUCCCAACGAUGGACUCGUUAUUACUAGACGUUGACGAAGGGCCGAGUCGUGCCUCUAGUGCAGCCUCCUCCGCAUCCACCUCUUCCUCUGCCGCCCAUACACCGCUCGAUACCUCCACUUCUUCGACCCCUAAACUCGUCAGCAGACUCUCCUCCAUCGUCACCCAACGGAUCUCUGGCGAAUUCUCCAGACGGGCUAGCCCGGUCCUGCCCUCCAAUCAACACCAUCUCAAGUCUUCCAGUCCUCGCGAACUGGAUAUCAUCAGCAAUAAGACUCUCCAUCUGCACGACGACGAGAAUGAUGCGAUCGGCAUGGUCAUUCUUGAUCAUCAUCAUCAUCAAGACCAUCCUACUCAUUCCAACCCGUCCUCUAAUCUCGACCAUCCUCUUCAGAAACUUUCCUCUUCUUCUUCUUCUACUCCUAAUACGUUGAAUAAUACUAAUCAUACUCAUUCUCAUUCGAAGAAUAAGAACGCUUCUCGCUUGAUUAAUCCGACACCGUCCCAAGGUCUUGGGAUCAUCCGAACCGAAUCUUGA